AUGGGUGUUGUUACUGUUGGAGAAUUGAAGCCAAGUAUCUCGGGGAAGAGGUCUUUUCGUCCGAGUUCGAGUACAAGGCAUUUCACUGAAUGGCCAAUCUCCGAUGUUUCCAGUGAUCUUACCAUUGAAAUAGGAGCAUCAAGUUUUGCACUUCACAAAUUUCCUCUAGUUUCUAAGAGUGGAAGAAUUCGAAAGCUGUUGCUGGAAGCAAAAGAUUCAAAAAUUUCACGAUUGAAUCUCCCCGGUGUUCCUGGUGGACCGGAAGCAUUUGAGCUUGCUGCAAAGUUCUGUUAUGGGAUGAACAUCGACAUCACAAUAUCAAAUGUUGCUAUGUUGCGUUGUACAGCCCAUUUUUUGGAAAUGACACAAGAAUAUGCUGAGAAGAACCUGGAGGCACGAACUGAAACGUGUCUGAAGGAUACUGUACUCCCAAACAUAUCGAAUUUGAUAACUGUUCUUCACCAUUGUGAAACCCUCCUGCCUAUAUCAGAAGAAAUCAACCUGGUUAGCAGAAUUAUCAAUGCAAUUGCCAAUAAUGCAUGCAAAGAGCAGCUCACAUCAGGCUUAUCCAAACUCGAGCACAACUUCCCUUCGAAACCAGUCCAAAGCAUGGAAACCGAAAUACCCUCAGACUGGUGGGGGAAAUCACUGGCAGUGCUGAAUCUUGAUUUCUUCCAAAGGGUUUUGUCUGCAGUAAAAACAAAGGGUCUGAAACAGGACAUGAUCAGCAGAAUAUUGAUAAACUAUGCCCAUAAUUCUCUUCAAGGCCUUGUCAUUAGGGACCCUCAAUUGGCUAAAGGGAGUUCCUUGGACCUGGAACUGCAGAAGAAACAAAGGGUCAUUGUUGAAACAAUAGUUAAUUUACUGCCUACUCAAUCAAGGAAGAGUAUGGUUCCAAUGGCAUUUCUUUCAAGUUUAUUGAAAUCUACAAUAGUGGCAUCAGCAUCUACUUCUUGCAGAUCUGAUCUAGAGAGGAGGAUUGGUCUGCAAUUGGACCAGGCAAUUCUUGAAGAUAUACUCAUUCCUGCAAAUCUACAUUGCAACAAUCACAGCCCAUUGUAUGACUCAGACUCGAUCAUAAGGAUCUUCUCCAUUUUUCUGAAUUUGGAUGAGGAUGAUGAUGAGGACAGUCGGUUCAGGGAUGAAAGUGAAAUGGUUUAUAAUUUCGACAGUCCUGGAUCUCCUAAACAGAGUUCAAUCCUUAAGGUAUCGAAACUGUUAGACAAUUAUCUUGCAGAAGUCGCACUAGACCCAAACUUGAUGCCAUCAAAGUUCAUAGCACUGGCAGAAUUACUUCCAGAUCAUGCUCGGAUUGUGAAUGAUGGAUUGUACAGAGCUGUGGAUAUCUUUCUCAAGGUUCAUCCAAACAUCAAGGACUCUGAGCGCUACCGCCUCUGCAAGACCAUCGACUGUCAAAAACUCUCUCAGGAAGCCUGCAGCCACGCAGCUCAGAAUGAACGAUUACCAGUGCAGAUGGCAGUCCAAGUGCUAUACUUUGAGCAAAUUAGACUCCGGAAUGCAAUGAAUGGGGGACAUAAUCAAUUAUUCUUUGGCUCGAUGAAUUCCCAAUUCCCUCAGCGCUCAGGCAGUGGUGCAGGCAGUGGAUGCAUCUCACCGAGAGAUAAUUAUGCAUCCGUGAGAAGAGAAAACAGAGAAUUGAAGCUUGAAGUUGCAAAAAUGAGAAUGAGGCUAACCGACUUAGAAAAAGACCAUGUUUCUAUGAAGCAAGAGCUUGUAAGGCCACAUCCAGCAAAUAAGUUGUUCAAGUCAUUCGCCAAAAAAUUCAGCAAGCUCAAUGAAUUAUUCCGGAUCAGAGAUCUUAAGCCCAUAGGUGGCAAGGCUAAUUCAGAAACCCGGUUUCUGUUUCAAAAACGAAGGCGCUAUUCUGUUUCGUGACCUUGUAUUUGUUUGUGAAUAAGAAAGAGUGUAUAGUAUUACUGUUGAGGGUGUGUCUGAUCUGAUCUCAGGUUGAUAGAGUUGAGAGUUGUUGAUUGUGUUGCUGUGUUCUGUAAGAUGACUCCUUUGUGUUUUUGAUGGAGGCUUGAAGGCAGGCAC